CAGCUAGGACCGUCCCUCUCAGAUGAGACCCUCAAAGCUCAGGCAGACGUCUCAGGGGGCUUCAGAGGGACCAGGACUUUAGGACCGACGGUGGACACAUCAUCGAGUAGAGCUGUCCAGCAGAGGGCAGUGUAAGACCGAGAGCAUCUCCCACUCCAUCAGGUCCUCGUACAGUCUGCACUGUUAGGAUCACGCCUCUGACAACCAUGAAAGGCUCUCCUGACCUGAUUCCUGCCGCAGACCUGGACCCGAGCAGAGUGUGCAAGGGGAAAGGGGUCGUGACUCUCAGGGCCACCCUCGUCCACAUCGAUGAUGAAGGCUGCAUCAGUGAGGAGCCGAAUGUCAUCACGGCGCCAAGUGGCUGGACAAACCAGAUUAAUGGUGACAGCUCUAAAGCGGGACUGGCUGAGGGAGGCAGCAACAUCACAGCUGAUUUACCUCCUGUAAACAACACUCGGUGCCAGGCCAAUUCAGCAGAAAGCAUAAUUGAAAUUCAGACUCCAUCCUCCACUGACAUUCACAACUGUAUCACGCCGUCCUCCAGCUCUGUUUAUCCCUGCACUAGCAUAGUUAACCCCACUAUCGUCCUGCUGCAACACAACAGAGAGCAGCAAAAGCAUCUUUCUCAUUUGGAAGACCCAACCCCAGAAAGGGACAAAAGUCCUGACCCUGGCAGAGACUCAGUCAGUCCGCUCCCUGAUAUGGACGGGAAGAGGCUGCGACUGUCACUGAACUCCCCUGUGUUCAGUCCUCUCAACAAUCCCACUGUGCCUGUACGGAACACUGAAAAGUCCAAAGACUGGUAUAAGACAAUGUUCAAACAGAUACACAGAAUACCAGAGCCUAUUGAGGAAAACCCUUACCGCCCCACCUAUAUUUUCCCUGAGAACUGUGACAUUCACAUGAGAUCAAAAGAAGAUGGCCCCACCCCGUUUGGUUACUUGGAAGAUGUGAGAGGGGUCCCACGCUCAAAAAGCGACACAGAGUUCGAUUCAAGAGGCCGGUCGAUGCCGGUGCCAACACGCUCCUCUUCGCUCAAACCCUCAGCCAAAAGGAACGAGUGGGAGCCCCCGGAUAAAAAGGUAGACACCAGGAAGUACCGCGCAGAGCCGAAGAGCAUCUUUGAGUACGAGCCGGGGAAAUCAUCGGUGCUGAAGCUGGAGAGAACGACUCAGGAUGUAAGUCCAGAAGAUGUAGAUUUAGAGAAUGAGCCUUGGUAUAAAUUCUUUUCAGAGAUGGAGUUUGACAAAGCGAGUGCCCCCUCUUUCAGCCCCCUGGAAACAGCCUCCGACCUGCAGCAGUACUCCUCGAGCAAGUCUGGACACAGCGAGGUGGAGACGGACGGCGGAUCAUCCACAAGCGAGCCCGGGGCUCCAGAAUGCGACCGCCAUGUUUACAAGAGUGUCCUGGAGGGCGGCGAUAUUCCCUUACAGGGUCUACGGGCCCUAAACAAGCGCCAGGGCAGCUCUUCCUCCUCUAAAGUGGAUUAUAAAGGUGGGAAUGGCUAUAUAAUUUCACCCUGCUCCUCUGUAAAUAGUCGAUCGGUUCUUGCCAGUAAUGCAAUAGGGAGCCAGUGUAAGAGUAAGAAGCCUCUUUCUGCUGCCAAAGCCUGCAUACCUCAAAUCCUGCCUUCUAAGUUCAAGCCCAAGCUGCUGCCGCCCAGUGGUGACAGUCAGGAGAGCAGGACUAAAACUUUCAGGCACCCAAAGGCCCACAGCUGUGAGGAUCUGUACACGGGGCCAUGUGACACAGACUUUGCUGGAGCAGGGGAAAGGGAGAGUGGGCAAUAUUCAGACUCUAAGUACAGCUGUGGCAGCGAGUGUGCGGAUGGCCUCAGGAGUCGUUCCCCUGAAAUUAGGAGGAGCGCAUCUGAGUUUUCCAGCCUGUACAGGACCAUGCAUCACAUCCAGCGGCCCAGCUCAGCCGGCUGCAGCCCCCAUGGCAGCGUCCGGAGCCUGGCCUCCCUCUUUGAGAAGGCUAAGGCCGACGGGGGUGAGAGGUCAGAGGCGGAUGACGGGGGUAACAUUCCUCGGGAUGCGGUGUCGUCACGGGUCAGCGAGUUUGAAAUGAUCAUCCAGCGGUCCACCUCAGUGCCCAGCCGCUCCUCCUCCAUGCCCACCCUGCACUCUAGCCAUAGCCAAAGCCCCGACCACAUCCCCUCCCACCUCUACAUGACGUCUGCGGUGUCAGCAGAGUCCCUUUUGGUGGCUGACGCCACCCAGACGGACGCCUGCUCCCCUGUGGAGCCAGAGGGCAAGAGUUCUGAGCAGGAGGCCUUGCCGCCCAACAGUGUGACGGUAGAGGAGGCUGCUUCCUUCACAGAGGAUGGACACAACAACAGGACUGAGUCCCCUUGUAGCACUGAGUUGGAGGUAGAGCAGAUCUUCAGUAAAGGUUCACCAGAUCUGAACCACCAAACGGUCAGUGCCUCAAAGAGUCCCUUACAGCUGCUUACAGCAUCCCCUCCGCAACACAACCAUCUCCACCACCACCACCACCUCCUGCACCACCUGAACCACCAGCUCCUCCUCAAGCCCAGCAAAUGCAAAGGCUCCUGCCCAGCCUCCUACACACGCUUCACCACCAUCCUCCGACAUGAGAGGCAGCAGGCCACAACCCAACAGGAGAGGCCGCCACCUGCGGAGAAGAAGACCACGCUGCCUGGGAAUCUCUUCCUCAUGGGCCCUGCUCCCUUCAGACCACGGAGGAACCUGCCGUCCAACCAGACUCGGAGAACCCUGUUAGCCACCAAGGUUACCCAAAGGCCCUGCAGCCUGUCCCCUGAGCCCAGACCUCUGAUCCCUCAGCGCCUCUCCUCCCUGGAGGUCUUGGACAGGCUAAGUAACGGAGACGGAGGCAACACUGACCACCUGAGUAACGGGCAGGGCCUGGACGCCAACGGGAACCUACUGCAGCCGCUGGCAGCUCACCUCAGAGACUCGUCCCCAGCUCACGGGGAGAACCAGGAUGAAGUGUUGAGAAGGCGCCACGGGGACAAAGAGAAAAUCUUGGAGGAGCAGCGGCGGCUGAAGCGGGAACAGGAAGAGGCUGACACGGCGUCGAGGCGACACACGGGCAUUGUCCCGACGCGCCACCAGUUCAUCACCAACGAGCGCUUCGGAGACCUGCUCAACAUCACAGAUAACGCAGAGAAGAGGAAAUCGGGCGUAGAGAGGACUCCAGCCAUGGCUCGCUUUGACUUCAGAGCAGAAACUCUAAAGGAACUACCGUUUCAAAAGGGAGACAUCGUGUACAUAAUUCGACAGGUGGAUCAAAACUGGUUCGAAGGAGAGCACCACGGAAGAGUUGGUAUUUUCCCCCGAAGUUACGUCGAGCUCCUUCCCCCCACAGAGAAAGCCCAGCCAAAGAAAAGUGCCCCGGUACAGGUGCUGGAAUACGGAGAGGCCGUCGCCCGCUUCAACUUCAACGGGGACACAGUGGUGGAAAUGUCCUUCAGGAAGGGAGAGAGGAUCACGCUUAUUCGCAGAGUUGAUGAGAACUGGUAUGAAGGCAAAAUCGCAGGGACCAACCGCCAAGGCAUCUUCCCCGUCACCUACGUGGAAGUGCACAGAAGACCCCGUGUCAAAAAUGGGUUGGAGUAUCAAGACCCUCCCAUCAGCCAGUCGCCACAGCGCAGCACCAACGCUUCUCCUCAGCUGUAUCGUAACCGCCUGACCACCUCCCCCCUGCCCCUCCCUCGCCCCCCCUGCCGCUCCGUGUCCCCUGAGGUCCACGCUGUCUCCUCCGAGUGGAUCUCCCUGACUGUGGGAGGAGGGAGCCCUCCCGCCGCCCCUACCCCUCCCCUGCCGCCGCUGCCCACCGUGUCCUACCGCUGUGGCGAGUACCUGCCCCCGCCCUUCUCAGUCAGUCCCGUGCCCCACAUAACCGGCAGUCCAUACUGCGUCUCCCCCACGGCCUCCCCAUCUGCCUCACCCCUGCCCCCACCCUACCCGCCCAGACCCAACUCCACUACGCCCUUCCUCACGUUCACCCCACCUACCGGGGAGGACUUCCUGCUCUUCCCUCCCUCUCCAAAUCUGUCACGAAGCAUGAGUCCCUGCGGCGGCGGGCCAGUGCUGGAGGGCUGGCUGAGGGGGGAUAAGGAUUUGACAGAGGGGGAAGGCACAGAGGGGGACAGGGGCCUUGCAGCCCCGGGCAGCAGGCAAAAUAGCCCUGCAGAGUUCAUGAAGAACGAGGCCGACCAUCAUGGGCGGAGCUCCAGAAGCCCUGUGAUGCUGUUUGACGUCCAGGACAACAACAACGUGAACUCAUUUGCGCAACCCCAGUCCCACAGCAGCAGUCCGGAGCCCGGUCGUCUUAAUUGUGGAGUUUUCCAGGCUUUGUACACUUACCUGCCGCAGAACGAAGACGAGCUGGAGCUGCGAGAAGGGGAUCUCGUCAGCGUCAUGGAAAAGUGCGACGACGGCUGGUUUGUUGGUACCUCAAAGAGGACAAAACAGUUUGGGACUUUCCCUGGGAAUUACGUGAAGGAGGCGAAAGUGUAAAGAUAUCUAAUCAGGCUGUAACACACGGUUGCCUGUCGAGCUUGGGAAGUCAUUACUAUCACGCAUGGCUGUUGGAUAGAAUAGUCAUUUAGCCAGCCAAAUCCGGUUUGUCUGCGGGGAAGUGAUCGGUUCGGCCUGAGGUAUGUCAAAACUGCACGAGGCGAAGACGGAGACGGCUCACUGCCCAGACCUUGUUGUACACCCUGCCCUCCAUUUUACACACCUCCCAACAGAAUACGUCCAUCGCCACAUGUGGAAAAAAAAAAACUCUGCAAACUAGCUUUUAUUGUACAGAUAAUUGCUUCCAUUUUGUCCUUGUAACUCAACAGUACACAUGUUUACGUAGCACCUCAGUGUGGAGGCAGGCAGCAGAGCAGAGUUUAUGGAUCAAGGAGAGGAUCGCAUUACCUGAACUGGACUUUGGAGGAGUCAAAAUGUAUUUUUGUGUGUUGUUGUGGGGUCAGAGCUGUUUUUCAUGAGCUACCUUUCAGGACAGGUGUGAUUAGUUAAGACAAAUUGAUUUAACUUCCAGAAGAAAACCGUCAGUGUUUGGAUCAACUCAUCGUACAUGUGUGUGGAGUUUGAAUGUGGUGCUUCACUCUUGGACUCAUUCCUGUCAGAAAGAAAGUGUCGUAUCCUCUUGAGUUUAAAUACUCAAAUCCUUUUAGAAACUGGUCUGACCUAUCUGUUCUGGUUUCUUUUACGUGUUCUGAAUCACCAUAAAGUCAGUAUUGGUUCUCUUUCAAGAACAAUGCAGCAUUCAUAACUCAGUUAAACCUGAAAAAUGUUAGAUACCGGUUCAGUAUUGUCUUCAUUUUCUGACAGUCAGUCAUGUGCAUGACGACAAACGAGCGUGCUUCUCUUUUUCUCUGUUCCCACAUCAAACACAAACACAGAAUCCCGGUGUUGUGCUGCAUGUCACGUAGCAGUGAAGAGAAGCUGCGUCUCUGCACAUCCUAUAAACUAUUUAUUUGUCUUUUUAUUUUAAAGAAAACCUCUUGAAUUAGAAGUAAAGUGCGUUUGCUGAUGCCUGACGCCUGUAAGGUAGCUGCUGGGUGACACCUGGCUCCAGCUCGACCACAGCACAGGCGUGGUAGCACUUAACUUCCUGUUUGGAUGUUUAGGCAGAGCCCACCUUUAACAAGAUAAUAGACAACAAAAACAGCUGAUUAAGCCAGCGAGGUGUCUUAGAAAAUAAUCGUAUUGAUUUUUGAAUGCGUUUUUGAGAUUCUAACCUUGCCCUUACUGACAAGUUUGUAUGUUUUAGCCAUGUAAAUGUGUACAGAGAAGUUUAAGAGGCCUUCCUAAUGUGGCUAGAUAUUUUCAUAUGCCGUGACUACAGGUUGGGUAUUACAGUUAAUGGAAUGAUUCAAAUAAUAAGGUCAGCAUUAGGACAGCAUGCACUGUAAAAUCAAUAAGAGAUUGACAAAUACAGUCGGAGCAUGAAACAUUAUCAGCUCACGCCUCUGUAUUUGCAUUCAGCUCAAAGAAAACAGACAGGGUGAGGAGUCUUUGAGCUUCAGUAGCUCCCUGAUGGAAGAGACUGGUUUGAAUUCUGCUAUCAGAGCAUCAGAGACAUCCUCCUGCAGAGAACAGAGCUCCCACACCAUCACAUCCUCUUACACACACAGUGAGAAUAAUACGCCCUCUGCAUGCACGGGUAAUGUUUUUCUCGGCUCGUGUUUUCACUGAAUUCCUUGUUGUCAUCAGCUGCUGCGACGUGCUCAUCAAUCCUUCGCAGAACAGCACUCCCCAAUAGUUCUCGGUGCUUGUCGGGACCUGCUCUGAGCUGCAGAUGGGUGCAGCUUGUAGAGCAACUGCUCCAAAAAAAGCAUUUUAAAGUCAGUUUAGUGGAUGCCAGUAGAAACAAGUAGCUGCAAUCGGAUCCUUUUCUUAGUCCACACAUUUCUAAUCAAAUGGUGCCAGACGAUCAGUUUCAGUAAAGCUCUGUGUGACUGCCUGUGUGCACACAAUCUGAAACACAAUGUGAAGUAUAGAAACGCUCACUAGAUCCCAUUUACUAUAUCUGUGUUUUUUUGCAUCUGAAUGUGCAAACAGUUCUGCAGUGACCUGACUGGAACACGGUCUGUAGCUGUAUGUGGCUGACGCGUACGUGUUAAGUGAAGUUCUAAUAACUGAUUAAGUAGAUUAAUUUAACUAAAUUCAGUAGCGGUCGAUGUUUCGUCCUCCCAGUUGAGACAAAACCGGGCGUGUCUUCCUGUGCAGAUCACCACUGACAACUCUGCCAACAAUAGCAGAGGGGAUAUUGUCUCAACAAGAUAACACACAUAGUGUGACACACUGCAUUGUGGGUUUGCUUGUACAGCACUGAUAUAAUGUUCAGGUAUUUUGUUACACCACAAAAGCAUCUGCUGGCUAAACGUUUUUUUUUUCCACUCGUCCGGUCACAACACAACUCACUAUAGAUUGUCUCUGUGAUACAUAAAACACAUCACAGGAUGUAUGAAUGUAUAAUUAUAUGAAUGUGGCGUUGACUGUGUUCACAUCUGUAAAAAAUUUCAAAAUGUCGGACUUUUCAUCUUGAAUGAACACAACAGACUGUUGAGCAGCACGGCACAAGUAGGACUGUAAAUAUGUAAGAUAAAGAAAAUAGACUGCGAGCGACGGGAGCGAUCUCUCGGGUCACUUGCGGUGGUUUAUUUACCUGAAGGGUUUCUGGCAAAGCACAGAGUGGAGCAUCACUGAGCACAGGAGCUUUGACUCAUACAAACAUUACGCUGCCAUUUGUGAGCAUCAUAAUGCCUUAUAUGUUUAGAUGCAAAAUUGUGCCUCAUUUUCAUUUAAGGUUUGUUUUUGUUUUUCUUGGGAGAAUCACUGAAAUGUAUCCAUGACAUAUUUAAUGUAACCAUGGUGUUUCCCAUUAGUCCUGCUCUCUGCGACAGGAGCACAUUUACUAAGAACUUGUCGGUUACUGUGCAAGUACCUAGAGGUGUGACACCAUGCUUCAACGUAAUGGUUAAUAAUCAUAAGGAUGGAUUAUAGUUUAAUGAGACGCACAACCUGCAACAGGUUUGGUUUGUUUGCUUCAAUUUGCAGUGCUGUUACAUUGACAAUAUUAAAAUAAAGAUCCUAUUACACUGCUGUGACUUCGGUAUUAUGCAAUAUUUAAUAAACCAUUUAAACCAG